AUGGCUCUGGAAAGCCGACAGAGGGAGCUGCUGUUGAACACGCUGAUGGAGCUGGGGGAGAAAGACUUUGAGCACUUCAGGUUCCACACGGACCUGCCUCAAAGCGUACGCGAAAACCCUCGCCGGGCGUACAUUGCUGACGAGCUGAUGAAGAAGCACGGCGAGAACACUCUGGAGCAGACCAUCAUGCUUCUGGAGAAGAUCGGUAACAACAAUUUGGCUGAGAAGCUGUGCAGCGACAUGGUGAAAAUAAAAGGCGCAGAGUUCUCCGUCCACGAUGACGGUCAGAUUGCCAGAUUGAAGAAAGAGCUCCAAGACAACCUGCGGCGUUUAUACAGCUUUGCUUCCGAGGGCAACACCGAGCGCUGGCAGCAGCAGCCCCUGGAGGACGUCUACACGCAGCUAGACGUCACCUACGGGGCAGACGUCAGCCCAGAUGGGCGACAUGAGGUCCUCCAGAUGGAGACGUGUGCCGCCGCGGCCAAGCGGUCUAUCCUGCCGUGCGACAUCUUCAAAAGCCCCGACUGGAACCGGCGACCAAUACGCACGAUGCUCACAGUCGGCUUGGCGGGAAUAGGAAAAACUUUCCUGAUUCAAAAGUUUGUGUCAGACUGGGCCAGCGGUAAUACUAACCAGGACGUGGACUUCAUAUUUCCUUUCACCUUCCGUGAGUUAAACAUGGAGAAAGGGGAGAGCUUUACGCUGGCCGAGCUGAUUCAAACUUUUGUCUGCGGAGACAGGCACAUGAGCGAGAGACUGAACAAUAUAUUUGUCGACCUGCAAACUUCUGGGAAGCGGGACUUUGAAAGCAGCCGAAUCAAGAUCUUGUUUAUCCUCGACGGACUGGACGAGUGCAACUUCAAAAUCGACUUGAAGAAAGUAAGGAAAGUGGACAUAGAUGUGAAGAAGGCUUACCCGCUGGAGGUACUGCUGGCGUAUCUCAUCAAUGGGAACCUGCUUCCGUCCGCCAGGGUUUGGAUCACCACACGGCCCGCGGCAGCCCGCGAUAUCCCCUCCGACCUCAUAGACAGCCGAACAGAGGUGGGAGGAUUCAGCGAUUCCCGGAAAAUGGAGUACUUCAGGAAAAGGUUCCCAAAUGAGGAGCGUGUCAUUGAGCACAUUCGGAAAUCUCGCACCAUCUUCAUCAUGUGCCACAUUCCCAUCUUCUGCUGGCUCAGCGCCAUAGUUCUUCAGGGUACUUUGGACAAAGGGAAGAAGGGAGAGCUUCCCACAACGUUGACUUACAUGUACUCAGUGCUGAUAGGUCACCACCUAGAAAACUUCAAGGAGAGAAAUACAGCGGAGUACAUCCCUAACAUGAAAGCGCUCGCCAAGCUGGCAUUUGACCACACCAUGAAUAAGUGUCAGAUCUUCUACGAGAAGGACCUGGCGGACAGCGGUUUUGAUUACGGCCAAGCUGCAAAACACUCCGGAAUAUUCACUGAGGUCUUUGAGGAGGUCCCUCCGCUCAGUAGAAACAAACAAAAGAUGUUUCAGUUCAUUCAUCUGAGCAUCCAAGAGUAUCUGGCUGCACUGUACGUGAUGAUGAGCCUGUUCUGCGACAAAAAGAACAUACUGGAUGAUUCAGGAUGGGAAGAAAUUUUCAUGCCUGUUGAGCAGAAGACAAUCACUGAGGUCCACAAGUCAGCUCUCCAGAAAGCCUCGGAGAGUGAAGGAAACCUGGACCUAUUCCUCAGUUUCCUCUUUGGCCUUUCCUUGCCGUGCAACCAGGAACUAGUGUGGGAACUGCUGAAGGCUCCUCAGGGCUGCGGGCAAAGCAAGUCAAAGACAGUCGAGUUGAUCAAGGAAAGGAUCAAACAGAACACUCCAGAAAAGAAUGUCAACUUGUUCUACUGCCUAAACGAGCUGAAGGACGACUCCUUGCUGAAGCAAAUCCAGCAGGAAUUAGCUUCAAGACGUUUGUCCUGGCAUCAAAUGUCAAAUGACAUGUGGUCGGCUCUGGCCUUCUUCUUACUUACAGACGACAAAACCAUGAAGUCCUUUGAUCUGUUUAGAUACAGUCCAUCGCGAUUGGGGCUCGAGAAGCUACUGUUGGUGGUCAAGGCUUCUCAAAAAUCAGUCCUAUUUAAUUGUGGCCUGGACAAAGGCAGCUGUGACCUGCUGGCUUCCGUUCUCAGUUCUCCAUCCAACCUGAGGCAUCUGGACCUACUCUUCAACGAUCUAUCGGACGAGGGGGUCGAUAUCCUCUCGAAAGGACUGGCCAGCCCACACUGCAACUUAGAAGUCCUCAAGCUGCACAACUGUGGGAUUACCAAUAAAGGAUGUGUUUCAUUGGCUGAGGCACUGGAGGUAACCUCCUCCCAGCUUCAAGAGCUGGCCCUGAGCUCGAACGAUCUGUCGGAUGAAGGGGUCGAGAUCCUCUCGAAAGGACUGGCCAGCCCACACUGCAUCUUAAAAAUCCUCAACAUGUCCGACUGUGGGAUCACCAGUGAAGGAUGUGUUUCAUUGGCUGAGGCUCUCAUGUUAAACCCCUCCCAUCUUCAAGAGCUGGAGCUGAGCUGGAACAAUCUGUUGGAUAAGGGAGUUGAGAUCCUCUCGAAAGGACUGGCCAGCCCACACUGUAUCUUAAAAGUCCUCAAGAUGUCAUGGUGCAAGAUUACGGAAAAAGGAUGUGUUUCAUUGGCUGAGGCACUGAAGGUAACCUCCUCCCAUCUUCAAAAGCUGGACCUGAUCGUGAACAAUCUGUCGGAUGAAGGGGUCGAGAUCCUCUCGAAAGGACUGGCCAGCCCACACUGCAUCUUAAAAAUCCUCAAGCUACACAACUGUGGGAUCACCCAUAAAGGAUGUGUUUCAUUGGCUGAGGCUCUCAAGGUAAACCCCUCCCAUCUUCAAGAGCUGGACCUGACCAGGAACGAUCUGUCGGAUGAAGGGGUUGAGAUACUCUCGAAAGGACUGGCCAGCCCACACUGCAUUUUAAAAAUCCUCAAGCUGUCAUCAUGCAGCAUCACCCAUAAAGGAUGUGUUUCAUUGGCAACGGCUCUCAAGUUAAACCCCUCCCAUCUUCAAGAGCUGGACCUGAGCUGGAACGAUCUGUCAGACGAGGGGGUUGAGAUCCUCUCGAAAGGACUGGCCAGCCCACACUGCAUCUUAAAGGUCCUCAGAGGACCAGGUGUCGGCGGUACGGGCAAAGCGGCCUCGCUCACAGAAUUCGAGGAGGUCGUCGUCGGGUUCUUUGCAGCCACAUGGAGACCGGACGAGUUCAAGCCAGAGCAAGAAGCGUGGUCUGCUUAUGUUGAGCGCAUGGAGUUGCUAUUCGAAGCUCAUGAUGUCGACGAUGAAAAAAAAGUCCCCACCUUGUUGAGCUCGGUCGGCGCUGCGACAUGUGGACUUCUACGUAACUUAGUUCAACCUGUUAAGCCAAGGGAUAAAACCUUUGAUGAGAUUGUGGCCAUACUAAAGAAUUAUUAUGAACCGAAACCGCUGGUCAUCGCCGAGCGUUUCAGGUACCGCAAAUGUGUUCAGAAAAGCGGCCAGACGGCGACAGAAUAUGCUGCUGAGCUCCGCCAACUAGCUGCUAAAUGUGAUUUCGGAGACAGGCUGGAUGAAGCUCCACGUGAUGGUUUCGUCAACGGGGUCAGUUCUGAGGCUUGCCAACGCAAAUUGCUCUCGGAGGACAGACUGACUUUUGCUAGAGCUGUGGAGCUCACUGUUAAUAUGGAGACAGCCCACCGAGAUGCGCAGCAGUUGCGGAAAAGUGAUGACGUCACCCCUGUUCACAAGGAGCAGCAGAGCAGCAAGAAAUGA